CUUCCCAGGGCCUCUUAUAUAGCGCAAAACUUAAAGUCCCCCGGUGCCUCGUCCCUUAGUGACUGAAUUGAGUCAAUGGGACGUAAGUCAACAAUACAUUUGUGAAUGUCAUGCGAGUACAUUCUGUCAUCGGAAGAGGGUGAACAGCAUGAUCUCGGUCCCAUAUAAUGAAAAAUCUGAUAUCAGGUGAUAAUCACAUAUCACGUCAGAUAGGGACUAAAAGUAGUGUAUGGAGGGGAUCCAACCAUAAAAUACCUUCGAGUGAUGGAAACGAAGUGAGAGAAUUUGUCCCAGCUGUCCCUACUAGCGUUAGUAGCCGCUCAGGUCACCUAUUCCUCACCAACUUCGUUCUAGCUAGCAUACUUCUACCCUCAACCUCCUAUUACCCUGUGUUCAUCGAUAUAUGUCUAGCUAGAAAUCUAUACAGUCAAUCGCCCAGACACCGGCCACUAAUAUUGUUUCGAUUACUCGAGCCAUCAAGUCCAUCAUUCCAUAUGUCCCCUAAUCAUCGUCUCCGGCAUGUUGAGAGGUGAAUUCCGUUACCCUCUUACCUUGAUGGCUGCAGUAUCCUCUAUAUCGACACCAGUUACCUCAAUGAUUACAAGAUAAACCACCCAACACACUUC